CAUUUUGGAUCGAGUGUUGACUUAACGUUACUUGUGAUAGAUAUCGUUAGCUAGCAGGGUGGCUGUGCUCACCAGUACAAGUGCGGGAACCACCGCAAGGACACAGAGGCUCAUGUUGCCGGGUAUAACACCGCAUCACUGAUGGACUACACGCUGUUCUGGUGAAAUGUGCACCACUCUGUCCCGCCUCUCGUCCCUGCAGUUAGCUAGGAGAGCUGCAGCGCCGCAACUGUGAUUAGCCUGCUACUUUGCUAGCCGUGCAGCUGAACAUCACCGCCGGCUCCGAGGAAGAGUGCACAUCAUCAUCAUCAUCAUCAUCAUCGUCCAGCUCGGCUCCAUCCCGACUGGCUAGCUAGCGCGUUUGUUAGCCAUUUAUCUAGCUAGGCGACCUAUUUAAGUCUUCAGACGUGUGCUGCGAGGAGAGAUGUAUCAACUCCCAGUGAACAACCUUACACGGAUAAGGAGAGCGAGGAAGCAGGUGAAGAAAGCACUUGGAGACAUUGGGCUGGAAUUCUGCAAGGAGGCAGUGGAGGACUUCAAAGAGUUUUGCCCCAAUGAGCAAUAUGUAAAGGGCACGCUUUGCCUUGAGAUUUGCUCAUGGGAUCCAUCAUACUCGAAGCCACAGGAAUAUCGAUCUAAGCCAUUUUGCUGCACAGAGUGUCCAUUUUCUUCCAAAUACUACUCAGGCUACAAGAAUCACUUCCGCAAUGUCCACAGACAAAAAUUUGAGAACAGCAUCCUGCUCAACUGUCCAUAUUGUACCUUCACUGCAAGCAAGAGAACUAUGGAGACGCAUGUUAAAAUAUUCCAUAUACCCAGCUCCACACGGCAGAAUUAUGGGACCUUCCAGGGAGCUGCGGUGGGACAGAAGGACAAAGCGUUGCUUGAUAGAGCCAGACAGGGAGAUAAUGUAGAAAGAGCAAUGUACUUUUGCAAAAAAUGCACGUACCGAGACCCUCUCUACAACGUUGUGAGAAGACACAUCUACAGGGAACAUUUUCAGCAUGUUGUCUCGCCCUAUCUCGGGAUGGUGUCUGAGUCAUCAGUCAAAAAUGGUGCUAAUUCUGUCAAUGGCAACAACAUCCUCUGUAAACGCUGCCAGUUUACAACACGAAGUUACGAAGCACUAGUGCAGCAUGUUGUCGAGUAUCACGAGCGGAUUGGGGCUCAAGUAACAACCAUGAUUGGACAUGCCAAUGUUAUGGUGUCCAGGUCUCAGACCUACCCAGGGGUCUCACAGAAGCCCUCUCUGAUGAUGAGCAGAGGCCGCACCCUUACACCCGAGCCUCUAGGCCACGCGGUGGGCGGCCACUUAAAGCAGGUGGCCACUGUGCUCAAAAACCAGUCCGCCAUUCCCGGCCAUCAGGUGCGUGUCACGGCUCCUGGCAGCAACACUUUGGCCGAAAGUGCAUCAAUGGGCGUAAACACAGCUCAAACACAGAAGUGGAAGAUAUGCACUGUUUGCAAUGAGCUUUUUCCUGAAAACCUCUAUAGUACACACUUUGAAAAGGCUCAUAAGGCAAAGAAAGUAUGGGCAAUGGCUAAGUAUAUCAUGAAGAUUCACAAUUUCACCAGCAAGUGUUUGCUUUGCAACCGCUAUUUGCCCAGUGAUACACUACUUAAUCACAUGUUAAUCCAUGGACUUACCUGUCCACAGUGUCACUCUGCCUUCCACAAUGUAGAGAAAAUGAUAGAGCAUGUGGGGCAAGCUCACCCAGAUGACUUUGUCGGUCCUCCUGGUACGUCCCCGCUAACCUUUGAUCUCACCAUCAAACAAGAUAAAUCCAAUAACAUACAGCUCGUUGUUAUCACCUUUAACAUGAAAGAAUCUGUCAAUGGUCAAGAUCAGUCUGCACCCGCGCACAAUAGCCUCCCACCUUCGGUCAAAGUAACAGCUCCCAAAAUAAUCGAGAAGAAGAACGAUCCACCUACUAGAAGUUUGCCCUCAGCGUCUCUGUCUGGCAAGAGUGAAGUUGGGAAAACUCUUUGUCCGCUGUGUUUCACUAUCCUCAAAGGUCCCAUCUCAGACGCUCUAGCUCUGCAUUUAAGGGAGCGGCACCAGGUGCUCCAAACGAUGCACCCCGUUGAGAAAAAGAUGACAUACAAGUGCAUUCACUGCUUGGGGGUGUACACGAGCAACAUGGUGGCCUCCACGAUCACGCUGCAUCUCGUGCAGUGCAGGGCUGUGGGCAGGUCCCAGGCAGGCCAAGGCAUCAAGUCCGCCUUGACUCUGAACUCCUCCGGCGCCGGCUUCCUCAAGCGGCAGCUACCCACGCAGACCAUGUCCAAUCCCAAGAGGAUGAAAAUGAACAAGGAGUCAAAGAUUUCAUCUACCACUGUGGGGAACCAGGGUGAAUCUGAUCUUGCUCUGGAUCCUAGAAGCUACGAGCACAAGACGUACGAGGCCCGAAAGGCGUUCCUCACCGCCUACUUCAACAAGCGGCCAUACCUUUCUUCUCAGGAGGAGGAGAAGCUGUCCGCGAGUCUGUGGCUGUGGAAAUCGGACAUUGCCAGCCAUUUUGCAAACAAGCGUAGGAUUUGUGAGAGAGAAUGUGAGACUAAGAAAGUCUCUGUGCUGCUUGGCUUUGACAUGCAGGCUCUCAAAAAACUGAAGCAUGACAUGAACUUUGUGGACAGUAAGUUAACUGGUACCUCAGCGGGGAGAUCCGGCACUGGUGGCCUCAAGUCUGGCACCCCAACCACAGACCAAAAUAAACAAUGUGAGACACUUAACUGCACGCUGAAACUCAGUACAUACACAGAGACCAUAUCUAUUGACUCAGACAGUGAAACGGAGCAAGAGGAGGGCUGUACUGAGAACGGAAAUGUCGACAAACAUGAGGAAGCGCGAUCCCAAGAGCCGAAACUGACACAGCAGGCUUCCUCCGUGAACACGGAUGGGCCGACAAGAAUGGAGGAGAGCAGUUUGCAGGAUGGGAAAGCAGAUGGCUGGAUGGCUUUCUGUUAGUGCCCCUGCUUAGCGGUGUGCCUUGGUUAAGAAAUGUUCAGUUUUAAAGGAGCAAUGAAAUCAGAGCCUUUGAAGAUCCUUAUUGUUGGCAGAUGGGACAGAAAGAGAGGAACAGAGUUAAUGGGACUGUGGGCAAUUAAAAAAAAUCACAGAACAUUUGGUCUAACGGCAUGGUUCACUAAAAUACUGUAAUUCCAUAUAUUGACCUCAAUUCCAGUGUUGAAAGGGAAAAAAAAGAGAAAUCAAGCUAUAUUAUAGUGCAAAAGUGUAUGGCUUCUGUAAUUGAUAUCAUUUGUGACACUGUAUAUACUUUAGCCAUUGUACUUUGUUAGUUUACGCAUACAAUCUGUGUUACUUAUUGGUUAACAGUCACAAUGAUUUGCGACAUGAAGAUGACAAUUUCUCCACUUUCAUAUUGACUUUUAUUCUCGACUGUGAGACGGAACUGUGUUAUAUAGUCAUUUCACAUUUAGAAAGCGUAGGAUAUGCUAAUUGCCUAUGUACACGUUGUUUUAAUAAACAAGUUUGUUUAAUAAAAGAGCACACUUUUAUUUCCCUUCAA